CUGCCGGCCCGAACGCCGGCGAGGACGGGGCGGGGCGCCGGGCGGCUGACCGCAGUGCCUCCUGGGAGGUGGAGUUCGCACUCCGGGCACCAGGCCGCAAAGAACUCAGGAAGAACUACGAGUCCCGGGGUGCAACGCGCGGCCCCCGGGCCGCCGCGCCCCUGGGCUGGGCUCUGGCCCUCCGCCCUCUUAGCACAGCUGCGCUGACCGCCCGCGGAGGGGAGGCUGCAGAGCGAGGGCAGGAGGACUACUUCCCAGCACCCUGGCCUCCUGCCAUGUCUGAUCCCAUCACACUGAACGUUGGGGGGAAGCUCUAUACUACCUCACUGGCAACCCUGACCAGCUUCCCCGACUCCAUGCUGGGUGCUAUGUUCAGUGGGAAGAUGCCCACUAAGAGGGACAGCCAGGGCAACUGCUUCAUUGACCGUGAUGGCAAAGUGUUCCGCUACAUCCUCAACUUCCUGCGCACCUCCCACCUGGACCUUCCUGAGGACUUCCAGGAGAUGGGCCUGCUCCGCAGGGAGGCUGACUUCUACCAGGUACAGCCCCUGAUCGAAGCUCUGCAGGAGAAGGAGGUAGAGCUAUCCAAGGCCGAGAAGAAUGCCAUGCUCAACAUCACCCUGAACCAGCGUGUGCAGACGGUCCACUUCACUGUGCGGGAGGCACCCCAGAUCUACAGCCUCUCGUCCUCCAGCAUGGAGGUCUUCAAUGCCAACAUCUUCAGCACCUCUUGCCUCUUCCUCAAGCUCUUGGGCUCUAAGCUCUUCUACUGCUCCAAUGGCAAUCUCUCCUCCAUCACCAGCCACUUGCAGGACCCAAACCACCUGACUUUGGACUGGGUGGCCAAUGUGGAGGGCCUUCCAGAGGAGGAGUACACCAAGCAGAACCUCAAGAGGCUCUGGGUGGUCCCUGCCAACAAGCAGAUCAACAGCUUCCAGGUCUUCGUGGAGGAGGUGUUGAAAAUUGCUCUGAGUGAUGGCUUCUGCAUUGAUUCUUCUCACCCGCAUGCUCUAGAUUUUAUGAACAAUAAGAUUAUUCGAUUAAUACGGUAUAGGUAAAAGGAGCUAAGCAACAUCGGAGAGGGGAAGUCCCAAGAAGCAUAUGUCAGCCAAGGUCUUGGAGAGUAUCUUGCCAGCAGCAUGAGGCAGGACACCAUACUAAUCUGUACUACUUGCAUAGCAGGACUGAUCACCCCGUGACGAAGUCCACAUUUUGGAAUCCACAUGUCCUCUCACCAGAACCACCUUCUUUCUUGCCAUUUUGAGCUGGAGAUGGGCAGUUUAUUGUGACAAGUGAAAAGUAAGCUCAUGUGUACUAAAGGAGGCUAUAAGAGUACUUGCUGGCCGGAACAGAGGAGCAGCAGUUUUCUUAUGGGCUCCAUUUCUCUCUGUACCACUAGCCAAUACCACAUUUAUCCAUUUGUGCAAAGGCUCCUGGAGAGGCGAUAUGAUGAGAACAAGAGGCUCCCUUUGGUUUCCCAGGACAUGAAGCGCUUAGUGGUCCCUAUCAGACCUGCUCUUCCCUCCCUUGUUUGCAUUCAGAACCUUGGACUUAGCUUGCCCAGUGGCAACUGUGAUUUGCUGGCUUGCAAUGCAGUGUGUUCUCACAGUCCUUUUAGUGUCUCCACUGCAGGAGAGAGCUGAGCUGUGACAUGGUCCUUAGGAGGGGGCAUCCAAGAAGGGUUCAGAAGGCAGGGAUAUGCCUCUUGACAGGGCUGAAUCUAAGGAUUUCUGGCUUCAGAAAUGGGCUGCUGUCCCUGUGAAGAUGUGAAAGUUUCUGGAGCCAGUAUGAUGAAAAGUGCUUCAGAAUCCAGCCUGUUGCCUGACUUUUGUAAUCCUUUUCCCCCAAAUUUGAGGUAUGAUUGAAACAGGUCAUUUUAAGCAAACAUAAUACGGAUUCUCAGGGUUGGAAAAUAAUUCAACAUUUGCUUGGUCUCCCUCUACCCCAAGCAUAGCCCAGCUCAUUUGGGGGUCAGCACCUCUCCCCAAGUACCUCCAAGUGAUCACCUGUGCCUGCUUGUGUACCUGUGGUGAUAGGAAGCUCACCAUCCCCCAGGCAGUUCCUGCCAUGGUUAGAUGGUGCUGUUAGAGAGUUCUUUCUAUUUAGCCAAAGUCUGUCCUGCCACUUCCAUGUACUGGAUCUUGGUUGCAGACCUUCCUUCUCAGCUAAAUGUGUAUCUUCACUUCCAAAAUAGUUAACACUGGCCAAGCGCAGUGACUCAUGCCUGUAAUCCUAGCACUCUGGGAGGCCAAGGAGGGUGGAUUGCCCAGAGCUCACAGGUUUGAGACCAGCCUGAGCCAGAGCAAGACCCCAUCUCUAAAAAUAGCUGGGUGUUGUGGCAGGUGCCUGUAGUCCCAGCUAUUUGGGAGGCUGAGGCAAGAGAAUUUCUUGAACCCAAGAGUUUGAGGUUGCUAUGAGCUAUGACACCACGGCACUCUGCCGAGGGUGACAAACUAAGACUCUGUCUCAAAAAAAAAAGUUAACCUAAGAGGCCAGAUGCUUAUUCUGAAAAUAUUAUUACACAGACUUCAGAUGCCCCUUUGGGAUCAGUCUUCAGAAUCAAAGUUGGCUUUUUCCAUCCCCUGUGAGUCAGUCCUCUUUUGUUACAGCUUCACCUUGUUUGUGACCCCCACUUCACCUACCUUCCCCACAAACCAUGGUUCCUCUUGCCUUUUAACCAUUGUCUGUUGGAAGUCCUUGAGGAGAUCCGGAGGAGAGAGAUCUCUGCAGGCAGUGUGCAGUGAGGAACUCAGGAGUAGUCUGAACCAUCACAUUGCCCUUGGAGUGAGCAUCCAGUCCCUAAGAUAACUACUCUCAAGAAGACAGCCUUACCCUGUUGUACUAUGUCUGGUCAUAACUAGAGAAGGAGUCCAUGGGGUACCAUCCAGGGCAAGCAACCCUAAGCCACCACUUCCCAUUUGGUGUUGAGCCAUGCAGGCCUCCAAACUGCAUAUCAUGAUUCAUCCCUGGAGUGAUUAUGGCCAUGGGAGUCCUGGAGUCUUCCCCACUGGGCAGGGGCCCUCAGACAAAGCCAGGGAAGCUUAGUGACACAGGCACCCACAGACGGUAGACCAAGGAAGGGGCUUCCCAUGAUUAUGCUUUCGAGUAGGGAGCUUGUGUGCUGGGCCAUGGCCAGGGCCAGGUCCCUUAGACAAUAAAGGCCUUCCCCCCAUUUCCUAAAGUGGGAUCCAGGAGUCUUUAUGACAGCUUCGCAGGCCACCAGCCAACAUAAUGUGGAAAACCUAGUUUUGACCAAACAGCAGAAGCUUUGACCACAACAAAACAAUUUGAGGAAGAAAUCUCCUAAGUCAUCACUGCCCUUUUUUCUCUCCAUAAAACUUUCACCAUCUUUUGGUGCUUCCUAAUUCAAGCAGCUUGACUUUAGGGAAAUUACAGAACCUAUGAAGCCACUAACGUACUGUGUGACUUUGUGUAAGUCACUCACCUCACUGAGCCACCUCUGUUUCUUCAUCUGUGAAAUAGGCAUAACAGUAAUAUGUAACCCUACCUACCUCACAGGACUGUUGUGAGGAUCAAAUGAAAUUAUGUACAUGAGAAUACAAUAUAAAUGAUAAA